AUGCGCUCGUACAAAAUUGUCGUAAAUGAACUGAAGCUCGGGGACAUUGCCCUUUGUAUACCAGGCUCUCGCUGCCAAAGCUCCACAGAGCAAAAGACUCAGCUCCUUGCCGUUGAUCAGAUACGUCAAAUGCGUUCCGUCACGCAGCGUGGUGCCUUUUUUGUAGUAGCCGGGAACAAUCAGAUCCAGGAACGCAAGACCAAAAAACCAGACCAGGUACGCUGUCCAGCACUUGGCGUUGAUGAAAGUUUCCUUGGUGAGUUGCUCCCCCAGCAAGCUUCUGAUCGUGUUGAUCUGCAAACUGCACCCCUGGACGACGUACCGCUCAUUGCAGGCCGCAUAGAGAAAAAGAACCACCAAGGGCAGGCCAAAGGUCAGAAUCAAGGCCCCGGAAACCCCAAAGAAGUCUUUGUGGACGGUAAUUGGGUUGAGCAUAGCAAAGGAUAG